AUGUCCACAUUGCCUGGCCCAUCCGAAAAUACGCUGUCUUCGCAGCUAAAUGAAACUCCAAAUGAAGGUAAGCUGUCUUACAAAGAAUCGUUAAAAAAGGCAGAAACGAAUAAAGAAGACGAAAGCUUAAAAAUAAAAACACCAAUCCCUCAAAUGCAGUUACCAGAUGAAUCCAAUGACACAUUACCUGAUCUGACUUCGUCUGGCAAAAGUGCUAUAGAUUAUGUUCGUUCUUGGGGUACUCCAACGGAGGAAAGAGUGCCUCUAUUACCAAUACAUAGGUCCCCCCAGAGUCCUCCAUCGGAUUCUCCUGAUAUACCACAAGAUUCAACAAUCUUGGAUUCAAUCUUGACCUUUAUAUGGAAAUAUAUCUUGACAGAUAACAUGAGAGCAUUUAUCACAUCACACAAAUGGUUUUUCAUUUUGUUGGCAGCUGCCGUAUUAAUUGCCAUUGGAGUAUUGCUAUACACAACUGGGAACUUGGGUCUUCUCUUAAUCUAUGCUAAAGGAAUACUAUGUUCCUUCGCCGGGCUUCUAGACGCGCCAGCAUUUGUCUUCUGUCACCAUUAG